AUGUUUCACCGCAUCACCCUUUCCAUUCUUUACCUUCUCUUCAUCUCGCUCUUCGCGUCUGCCACCCCUGUGACUCGCUGGAAAGGCCAAUGUGACGCUGGACCCGUCCAGUGCUGCAAUUCCGUUCAAAAAUCGAGCAAUCCCUCCGUCGCAAAGAUACUGUCAGGAAUCGCAGUCCCUCUCCAGGGCCUGAGCGUGCCCAUCGGUCUCACUUGUAGCCCUCUAAACCUCCUCGCCCUCGGCGGCAACAGCUGCGCUUCACAGCCCGUUUGUUGUGAGAAUAACAACUUCAACGGACUGGUUGCGAUCGGGUGCACACCCAUCGACCUUGGUGCUCUUUGA